AUGCGGAUCGUGCAACACGGCGUGGAGUUUGGUCGGAUGUCGUCGAAUGGUGCGAAGAAUGAGUUGGACGACCGGCAAACGUUGGGCGUGGGGGCCGAGAAGUGGGCGGUGAGCGACACCCACGUGGAUAUGACGGCCGGGGGUGGUGCAAUUCGGCCUGUGGAGUUGCAGGCAGAACCGCAGUCGGUGACGUUUGACCUGGCGCGGGCGGCGCUGGUUGUGGUGGAUAUGCAGAAGGACUUCUGUGCCCCGGGCGGUUGGGCCGAUGCGAAUGGGAUGGACGUAGGUCCAGGUCGCGCGCCGAUCGAGCCGUUAAGAAAGCUGUUGCCGGUUGUUCGUGCGGCUGGUGUUCCUGUGAUUUGGCUCGACUGGGGAAACCGGCCCGACCAGUUGAACCUGCCGCCGAAUCAAUUGCAUAUUUUCCAGCGUACCGGGCGCGAGAUUGGUCUUGGUGACACGUUGCCGGGCGGCGGGCAUGUGCUCGAGAAAGACUCACCGUCGGCGGCCGUGGUCGACGAGUUGGAGCAGAUGCCUGAGGAUAUUUGCGUCGACAAGUAUCGCAUCAGCGGUUUCUGGGGCACCGAGUUGGACGCGAUCCUCCGCAACCUCGGCACGCGAACGAUUUUCUUCGCCGGGGUUUGCACCGACCAAUGCGUGGCUAGCACAUUGCAAGAUGCAAGCUUUCUCGGUUAUGGCUGCGUGCUGCUUGCCGAUUGCUGCGCCACGUUCACGCCUGAGUACUGCACCGAGGCCACGCUAUUGAAUGUCAAAGUUUGUUUCGGAUUCGUGAGCGAUUCGAGGGCGCUCAUCACGGCCGUGGGUGGCUUAUCGGGCCGUGGUUGUAGUGAUGAUGUUCUUUUCGGUGGGGUCUUUGCCGGGGGUUAUCUUCCUGGAGAGGUGACUCGAGGCUAUGAACUGGUGCUGGAACGUGCCCAAAACAUCGCCACUUCGAGCGCUCUUUUCUUGGCUUUGUUUGGCCUCAUUCUUAUCUUUGGGUGCAUCACAGGCCUGCUGGGGGCGGUGAUUGGCUUGUUAUGUGUGGUUGCUGUCUGGUACGUCGUGAUGCGGAUCGAUCGAGCGACGGACCGGGUUUACGAGCGGGUGGAUCACUCGUUUGAUGUUGCGGGCGAACGGCUGGGGGAUGUGCAGGAACGGGUGGCCGGGGCUGCACUGUCGGCGGAGGAGUUGCGGGAGAGCUUGCGGAAUGCGGGCACUGAGCGGGUGCGGGAGAACCUGGACUCGCUAUUGCGGCCGGAGGAGCGGAUUGAACGACUGGACGGGAGCCUGGAGCAGGCUGGCACGAUGCUUGAAGCUUCUGCGGAGGUUGUGGUGCAUGUCCAGGAAACGCUCGGGUUAUUCGAAAGCUUGGGGCUGCCGGUUUCUGCCGAGACGGUUCAGCCGGUGCUCGAAGGCGUAACGCGGUUAAGCGAAGAGGUUGCUUCUGCACGUGAGACUGUCGAGUCGCUGGGGGAGAGAGUCAGCGGUGAAGAUGCAGACGCCGCGGCUGCGAACCGGGUACAGCAGGUGCUUGAACUGGCAGCUAGAUUGCUAGCGAUGUUGGGAAGCGUCGACGAGCGGAUUGUCGCUGUGCAGGGCAGGUUAGCGGAAACGCAAGAACGGGUUGCGUUGUUCAAGCAGCGGGUGACUACUCGAAUUCACCUGGCCGCAGUGGUGGUGAGUUGCUUGAUCGUGUGGAUGGCCGCGGGUGAGUUCGCGUUCGAGCAAAGGCUGGGCUGGAAGAAGCGAAUUCUGCUUGGCAGGAUCGAGGCUGAAAUCGUGUUUGGCUCUGACGGUGAACCUCCUUCCGGUACAUUGGUGCAUAGCGCCAAAGCGUGGAUCGAGGCGUGGGAAAACCAACUUCCCAAGAUCCACGAGUACAUUCGUGCUGAGUUUGGCAAUUGGGCCGAUGAACCGAAUUUGCCCGACCCUCGAAAACUUGAGGUGGAAUCGCUCAACUUUAUUUGGAAGGAUGUGCAUCUUUCGGUAACGGAGGGGGCGCGGUUUGGGUUCUUGGGACCGAAUGGGGCGGGGAAGACGACGGCCAUUCGAGUGCUGUUGGGGUUCUUGCCGCCAAGCUCGGGGGUUGCCCGAAUUUUUGGACGGGAUUGCUGGGGCGAUUCUCGUGCGAUCAAGGCCGAAGUGGGCUAUCUGCCGGGUGAUUUACGGCUAUAUCCCUGGUUGAGCGGACUGGAGGCCGUGCGGAUUGUCGAACGGGUGCGGCGAAAGACGCUGCUGGCGAGUGCUCGCGAUCUUGCGGAAUUGUUCGACCUUGAUCUGAAGGUCAAGGUUCGCCACAUGUCGCGAGGGAUGCGGCAGAAACUGGGGAUCAUUCUGGCGCUUGCCCAUCGUCCGCAACUGUUGGUGCUGGACGAGCCAACGAUGGCGCUCGAUCCCUUGAUGCAGGCCACGCUGCAAGCGCACUUACGGGAACUCGCAUCGAAAGGCCAUACGCUGUUCUUCUCGAGCCACACACUGAGCGAGGUGGAACAGCUCUGCGAUGAGGUGGCAAUCAUUCGGCAGGGAAAGAUCGUGGCCAACGAAUCGCUGGCUUCGUUGCGAAACAAGGUGCGGCGACAGGCAACGAUUCGAUUUCGGGCUCAUUCCAUUCCGGAACAGGCUCCCCCGUUUCUUGGGAACCUUCGUCAGGACGGCACGACCUGGAGCGGAAGCUUGCAUGGCAGUGUGGACGAACUUGUUGCCUUUCUGGCCGCCUAUGAACUCGAAGACUUGAUCGUCGAGGCCCCCGAUCUGAUUGAGUUCCUGCGACAGUUCAUCAGUGCCAUGCUGGGGGCGAAGCUUACUGAUCAGCUGUCGCCUACCACGUUUCUGGCGUUGGCCUGGGUGCAUCCGGUGAUUCUGGCCCUGGUCUGGGCACACGCGGUGGUGGUUUGCACGCGGGUGCCGGCCGGGGAGAUUGAUCGAGGGACAAUCGACGUGCUGCUGGGCUGGCCGAUCAGUCGAUGGGAAUUAUUUGCAUCGGAGACGGUGGUCACACUGUUCAGCGGCUUGGUGGUGAUGGCGGCCAUGGUAGCGGGCAACAUGUUGGGGAGCAGCGCCGAUCCCGACGUGGACAUUGGGCUGAGGCCACGCGUGAUGAUUGUGUGCAAUCUGUACUGCCUCUAUCUCGCCGUAUGUGGCCUGACCUGGCUGAUGGCCAUGCUUUCCAACCGCCGAGGCGUGGCCAUGACGGUGGUGUUCGUCAUUCUGCUGGGGUCGUUUCUGUUGAACUACCUCGCACAGAUCUGGGAGCCGGCCGAGCGAUUCGCACCGUGGGGACCCAUGCACUACUACACGCCGCUGGUCGUGCUGCGAGAUGUGACCUGGCCGCUGAGGGACAUGGCUGUGCUGUUAGCUGCGGCCGUGGUGCUAUGGGUGGCGGCGGGCUUGGUGUUUCAGCGGCGGGACGUUUGUACGACGUAG